AUGACCCAUCCCUCUGCCUCCACUGGCAGUGUGAAAUUUCCGUUUACCUCGAUGGAUAUUAACCCCUCAGCUCGCUUUCAAGAGGGUAUCGCCAUCCAAGACAGCAAGGCACUCACAUCAUGCGUUCUGCCGCCUGAACGCAAUGAGCAACCUGUCAAGCGCAAGAUGGAAUUUGCUGACCCUGCAACCCCUUGGAAGCAACGAAUACUGGAAUCAUUUUCCACAGAUGGCGUACGUCUUGUCGCUACGCCCAUGAAAAUGAUGCAUCACAACACGGAUAUUACUAGCCCUGCUGCAAAGUGCUUGUAUAGGGAGGCGUCGGGCAUUUUCUUGAAGUGUAAAGCGGACGCUCAAAUAGAUCCCUUUACGAUCAAACACAUAAAAGUUGAUGAGCCGCCGCCUAAUGCCAGAACUUUCAUUUGGUCGCUACCCGUGGAAACUCUCAGUGCUAUCAUAGCUGGCCCUAUCUUCUUUGCUAACAGGAACUUUUCAACUUCCCCGGAAGACACGUGUUACCUGCAUGUCGACUCGCCCAAUUUUGACGUUUUGACGACUUGGAGACGAAUGGAUACUUUUCGUCCACCACGUAUGGUGUUGAGCUGGAUUGAUGUUGAUGUACAACCUGCACAACUUUCCGCGUUUUUGGACUUCCUGCAAUCCGUCCCCCGAAAUCCAUACGAUUCAUCAUGCUCUUCUGGAGUUUCGACAUUCUCUCGUCCCUAA